AUGGUCAGGGACAUUACAGAUGAGGAGGUAAAAUUGGCCUUAUUUAGCAUUGGGGAGGAAAAGUCUCUAGGCCUCGAUGGAUACACAUACUGUUUCUUUAAGAAAGCUUGGGGUACUAUUGGAGUUAAGUUCACAAUUGCAAUUAAGGAUUUCUUUUUGCAUAGAAGAUUGUUGAAACAUAUUAACCACUUGGCUAUUGCCUUAAUAGAAAAAUCAAACCAUGCUUCUACAGUUCAGGAUUUUAGACCCAUUUCAUGUUGUAAUGUUAUUUAUAAGGCCAUCUUUAAAAUUAUUGUGUACAGAUUGAAGCCAUGCUUUGACACACUGAUAAAUCCAGCACAUUUAGCUUUCAUCAAGCAAAGGAGCAUGAUUGAUAAUGUUUAUCUAGUCCAAGAGCUUGUGAGGAAGUAUGCCAGAAGGAGAGUUUCUCCUAGAUGCAUGAUCAAGGUGGAUCUGAGAAAGGCUUAUGACUCCAUCUCUUGGAGUUUUCUUCAAGAUUUUGGAGAACUAAGGGAUGUAAAGUCACUUGGCAUAAAGAAGUGUGGAAAAGUGGGUGCACUCCUAAGCACUCAUUUAUCUUAUGUCUGGGAAUUAAAGGGAAGUUGUCCACGAAUGAUAAACUGCAAGGAGAUGGAGUUGAUCAUGGUUAUGUGUGAUGGGGAUUAG